AUGAUUAAAAUUCGUUCAUUUUCAGCAUAUUCAAAGGCUUAUAACAAGAGUUCAACUAUACAACAGUACGUUAACGAUCCCGUGAAGUUAUUAGUGAUACCGAUCACAAACAAGCAAUCGUUUAUUUAUUUCAAAUAUUCUAAUGAAUUACUGAAUAAAGAAUCAGCACUUAUCAGGUACGAAACCAAACUUUCCCAGAAAGCUGCUAAUCUUUGGUAUUCAGUGCAAGCUUCCCAAAAAAGUUAUAAUAAAAAGAUAGUUUCAACCGUAACGAAACUGUUGGAUCAAAUUCCAUGGACGGAGAAUUCAUUACGAACCAUCCCUUCUGAAUCUUAUAUUUUGAAACAGAUUGAAAAUGGGACCAAGGAUAAUGUUACCUUAAACGAGUACGUUAAGGCCAAAAAUGACGAUUCAGUAAUUUCUUUGAAACCAAAGCCGAUUCAUGUAUAUUUCCCCAGGAGUGUGGUGGAUGAAAGCACCAUUAUAGCACAGUUGAAACAACUUUCGAAAAAAGGUCAACAAUAUCAUAAGAAACACGCACUUCUCUGUGCCCUUGGGAUUCCGAUUUCUUUACCAUUGAUUCUAAUACCUGUGGUUCCCAACGUACCAGGAAUAUAUUUAACUUACAGAUUAUAUUGCAAUUUGAAGGCAUAUUUCGGAGCCAAACAUUUGGAGUCAUUAAUCACUAGCGAGGAACAAAAGUUCGAGUUUAUCAACCUGGAACAGUAUUCUGACAUUUUAAAGGAAAGCAAGAAGGAAAAGCAUGAAUCCGAUGGAGAAAAGUUAUUACUUUCGGAACAUGAUUUAGACAGAGUCUUAGAUAGUUUAGAAAUUCAUGAGAUGUCAACUGAUUUAAGAAAAGCAAUACGACAAGAGUCCGUCCACAAAUGA